CCAGCGGCCGCCCCGCGGGCUAAGAUCUCAACUUUAUUCAGAAACAAGACAUCAGCCUCGGAACAACAGAGAAGCGCACAGCCCCAAACCCUCAGGGGUACCAUGGAGUACCUCUCAGCCUUGAACCCCAAUGGACUGCUGAGGUCGGUAUCCACUAUGAGCUCUGAGCUUGGCCGUAGGGUCUGGAACUCAGCUCCACCUCAACGACCCUUCCGUGUCUGCGAUCACAAGCGGAGAGUCCGGAAAGGUCUGACAGCGGCCACCCGCGAGGAACUGCUAGAUAAGGUACUGGAGACCCUGCUGCUCAGUGGAGUGCUAACCCUGGUGCUGGAGGAGGACGGGACCGCCGUGGAAAGUGAGGACUUCUUCCAGCUGCUCGAGGAUGACACGUGCUUGAUGGUGCUAGAGCAGGGACAGAGCUGGAGCCCCAGGAGUGGGAUGUUGUUACACGGCCUAGGACGGGAGAAGCCCAAACACAGCAAAGACAUUGCCCGCAUCACCUUUGAUGUCUACAAGGAAAAUCCUCGAGACCUCUUCGGCAGCCUCAAUGUCAAAGCUACAUUCUACGGGCUCUACUCCAUGAGCUGUGAUUUUCAAGGAGUUGGACCCAAAAAAGUCCUCAGGGAGCUCCUCCGUUGGACUUCCUCCCUGCUGCAAGGCCUGGGCCAUAUCCUGCUGGGCAUCUCAUCUACCCUUCGCCACAUGGUGGAGGGGGCUGAGCGGUGGCAGUGGCACAAGCAGAGUCACCUCCAUUAAUAAUGAAAAAUGCUUUGAGCCUGUGCCCUGAGACUGGCUCCACGAGACACCUGAGAGCUAUAAGACACCAUCGUAUCAGAAGCGGUCAGCACACUGCCUUGGUCCUCCAGCCCGCACAUUUCCCGAAGGAUGCUGCCCCUGACCUACAUCUCCUGUCUUCUACUUACCCCGCAGACAACCCUGUCCCCUGGCAUCCUGACCCACCAUAACUGCUGCUACACCCAGGUUCUUACUGAUCCUAUCCCAAAGGUCUACAUACCAAUGACCAGUCCCCAGCUUUGCCUUGAGAUACUGUUCCCC